ACUUACAUGAAGUAUUAUCUGAUAUAAACUUUCUUGAUGAUGAUAAUUAUGAUAAGGAUCCUAUUAAUGAAAAAAGAACUGUGAAUGAAAGGUUCAGUAAUGAUGAGGAUAAUUCUAUCUUACUAGAAGAACAUGUGCUCAAAAUUGAAAAAUUAUUGAAUUUUAAUUCAACUAGUUUUAUAGAUAAUUUAGAUGAAAUAAUU